GACGGAGAGGAGAGCCAUGUAGAUAGUUACUACCACUCAGUUCUGACUAGGAUUUCCUUGACGCAAGUCAAGGCUUUGUGUUUGAAAGCUCCACCAUGAACAUAAUACUGGGAAACUGUGUGGGCAGCUGUGACCAGUUGGCCGGUCCGCCGCCGGACUUCAUCCUCUCGAUGCCGCCGCCGCCGCUGCCGUCCUUCCUGAUCUCCAAGCCGGCGACGGUGGACGUCCUGGUGCCCUCCAACGAGUCGCAGCCGUGCUUCGCCGCCUUCAUGUGUGGCCACGGGAUGCAGCACAACGAGAGCGGCAACGCCCUCAUGGAGCUGGUGAGGAGCGACUCCAAGAGCCUGGAGAACGUCUGGCUGUUCGUCUCGUCCUGCAUUGGCAUCUUUGUGUUCGGCUGCUUCCUGGCCCUCAUCGUGAUCAGGUGUAGAGACUCCUUCUUCUCGUACCAUGACGCCAAUAUCAAGCAGACGGCCAUCAAUGCCCUGGGGGAGGCCACCAAGUCGAACGCCUUCACAUCCGGCGGAAUACUGUAUCCCUGCGCCACGGCCAACAGCCGGGAUCUCCUCCAGAGUCAGCUGGUCAACGACAGCCGCCUCUUGUGGGCCACCCUGACGCCCCACGGCACCCGGCACUUCAUCAUCGAGAACUCCCAGGACGGGCACUACGAGUCGGUGGACUACCGCGGCAAGUCCCACAGCCAGGUGUUCCGCGGCUACGAGAAGCACUCGCAGUCGUUUGUCAAGUCCUUUGACAACAACGGCUUCGUUGACUACGACUACGAGGAUCCCACGCCGUUGAUGGACUCCUACCACGAUGACAUGGACUCCGGCUACCAGGAGCCGCACGAGGUCACCGGCUCCCUGAAGCGGUCGGCGCUGCGGACCGCCGACUCCUCGAACGACACCCCCUCCAGUGGCGGAUCCAGCUCCAACUACAACUCCAACCAGAUCGGCAACUCCAAGUCCAUCAGCCGCAAGACGACGCUCUCGCGCCGCAUCAGCGACGCCUCCUCCCAGAACGGAACCCCCAUGUAAAUGCCGCGUCAAUUGAGGAAGCUCCACUUCAACUUGGGAUUACGGGGAUCGGAUCGUCCAACACAGACUACAGAUGGUAGUGAUUACACACGCUGAUAUUCUAGACUAUUUAAGAGGUGAUGCACAAGUGUGGGUUGUUUUCGAGGCUCCGAAGGGGGCAGUAGGUCCGGGAAUACGAUGAUAUAACCUUGAUUUAACCUCGAACCAGAGUUAUGUAGUUCCCGACUAUCCAAAACCCUGGACUGCAGCCGGAAUCGUUACCAAUUUCACUAUAGAGACCCACAUGCACGUGCAGCUACUUUUUAAGCCUACUAUGGAUUAUAUCCGCUGGUGUAAUAUAAUGCACACUUAAUACUCGCGUCGCUCUCAAUUGCUUGUACACAGACCUCUACACACUCCUUUUAUAUAUACGAAGAUACCCUAACUAUACGCCAGAUAAUCGAACUAACCGCUGAUCGGAAGGUCAACUACUCUGUCUGCCUACGGGACACACUGUAGACCUACCCUGGGGAGUCCCUCGCUCCCAGCUCGGGGGCGGGGAAUUAAUAACGCAUAGAUUUUGAAAAUACUCUGAACACGUCUCGCCUUCAGCGCUCGUUUAAUUGUAGCCAUAAGAACAAUAAAUAAAAUUCUCAGUAGUACAUACAAAAUCCUG